CUAGAGAUACCACGAUGGCGCCCUUUGCAUCUCUGGCCUCUGGCAUCCUCUUGUUGCUAUCAUUGAUAGCUUCCAGUAAAGCCUGUAGCUGUGCCCCAACCCACCCACAGACAGCUUUCUGCAACUUGGACCUGGUUAUAAGGGCUAAAUUCAUGGGUUCCCCAGAAAUCAUUGAGACCACCUUAUACCAGCGUUAUGAGAUCGAGAUGACUAAGAUGCUCAAAGGAUUCGACGCUGUGGGAAAUGCCACAGGUUUCCGGUUCGCCUACACCCCAGCCAUGGAGAGCCUCUGUGGAUAUGUCCACAAGCCCCAGAACCGCAGCGGGGAGUUUCUCAUCGCGGGCCGCUUAAGGAAUGGAAAUUUACACAUCACUGCCUGCAGCUUCCUGGUUCCCUGGCGUAAUCUGAGCCCUGCUCAGCAAAAGGCCUUCGUAAAGACCUAUAGUGCUGGCUGUGGAGUGUGCACAGUGUUUCCCUGUUCAGCCAUCCCUUGCAAACUGGGGAGUGACAGUCAUUGCUUGUGGACAGAUCACAUCCUCAUGAGCUCUGAGAAGGGCUAAUAGAACAAUCACUUUGUC